UGAUCGCUCGCCAUAACGCGCGCGUAAACGCGGGAAAAUUGAAAAGCAGCCAUGUUGGUUUUGAAGGCCCUGAUUCUCUGUGCGGCGUGGUUAGCAGUCCACUGCCAAGGCCCUAACGGUCCCACCACCACUCCAGUACCCAUCCUGAAGCAGAUCAACCGACAGAACGAUGAUGGAUCCUACAGUUACGGAUAUGAAGCUGCUGACGGAUCCUUCAAGAUUGAAACUAAAUAUCCGAAUGGAGAUGUCGCUGGAAAGUACGGAUAUGUAGACGAGAAUGGCAAAACUAGAGAGAUCUCCUACGGUGCCAGCAGCCAGAGAGGUUUCGAACCCGAAGGACCCGGCAUCAUGGUGCCCCCACCAACUCUAAACAACCCUCAAUCCUCGAACGCGCUCACUGACGGCCAAGAAGACGAUGGCCAGUACCGUGAGGACCCUAGCAUUUACGAAGAUCCAAAGUACAACAGUCGCGCCCAGCCACGACCAGCCCCUAUCAGACAGUUCCACCAGCCUGCUCAACCGGCACCUAUCAGACAGUAUCAACAACAACAACCCCAGUUUGCUCCAGCCCCUACCGCUGCUCCAGCUCCUCAAUACCAGCAGCAAAGCCAGUUCAGAUCAGCUCCCCUCUAUUCCCAACAGACAAGCCUCUUUAACCAAGGUCCUCAACAGUUCCCAGCCCAAAACCAAGAUUUCCGUCCCCAAAGCCAGGUGUACCACCAGCAGCCUCAGUUUUCUUAUCAGGCGUACACUCCUCAGCCUUACCAGAAUUUCCAGAGCCAGAGUUUCCAGCCUCAAUACCAACAGCAGCAGUACCAGGGCCAGAAUCAGAAUUUCAACCCAUUCUUUGGCCACCCUGCCCAGAACUUUGACCCCAGCUCUGGGUCUUACUCCAUCAACUUUACUGGUUAAUUGGUUUAAGUUAUUGUUAUUGUGGUUUGAUGGUGUUAGUUGUAACGGAAGAGUGUUGGGUGGACGAGUCAUAGCCAUUACUCAAAUGAAAAUUGGGGGAGGCCUAUGUUCAGCAGUGGACGUCCUAUGGCUGAUAUGAUGAUGAUGAUGAUGACUCAAUUGUAAUGGAAAUAUCAGGUUUCAUAAUUUUUCAAUCAAAUAAUGUAAAGUCCUCUUAACGACAAUCUCUGAUUUAAGUUAUAUUA